UCAUCGAUGAUUGUGCCGACUAUAACAGAGCUACUAUUGCCGGCGGCGCUCUGUGGGCUCGGCGGCUGUGCACCAACGCAGACCGCUAAUCCAUUCACUCUUAUUAUGCAGGUUAGUAAACUUAGUCUCUUUACUAAGAAGUCUAGUAAUUACCUGCUGUUUCAGCUGCCGAGACCACACUGCUGCGUUUUUGUUGCACUUGAGUGUUCUCGUGUGAUUCGUGCCUUGUUGAUGAUGUCGGGCGAUGUAGAGAGCAACCCGGGUCCUACCUCUAAUGCUGUACUAACUGAACUGCAGAAAUUAUCUGCCGGUCAGACGGAAUUAAUCAGUCAGGUGCAGGACCUUAAGUCUCAUCUAUUAUCUACAGAUAAAUCAAUCACAGACCUCACUAGACUUAUGACUAAUCUAGAAGGGCACUAUCAAAAUAUUCUUUCCUUGCGUUCUGACGUGGAAGCGCUGAGAAUAGGCACCGCUCACGUGACUGACCAAUUGCACAAAAUUGAAGCGCGCGCGGAUGAUGCUGAAAAUCAUUCUCGGCGCAAUAAUCUCAUCUUUUAUGGGCUUCCUGAAUCAACAGGGUUAGAGCCGUUUGCCCAUGUUGAACAGCUUGCCAUCAACCACUGCCGUGACCAUCUGGGUAUAUCAACUGAACCAAAAAAACUUGAGCGCGCGCAUCGCCUGGGUCGCCUCAGGGAUGUUAACCGUCAUCGUCCCAUAAUAGCUAAGUUCACCUUCCGUAAAACAAAAGAAGUGAUUCUUUCUAACGGACGGAAAUUUAAGGGAACCACUUUCAGCGUUGGUGAAGACUUUUCUCGUCCUGUCCAAAACAUCUGCCGGCAUCUGAUUGCCUUCGCUAAAGCUAAAUCGCUGCCUUUCUCCAUAAACUACAAAACACUGCUAAUGGGUCACAAGCGCUAUGUCUACGACGAGCAAUCACAAACUGUCAGGGAAGCAUCAUAG